UGACAGAAAACAGCUGCGAAGUGUCGCCGUUGACGUCAUAUCUAAGAGUCGUAUCGUAGUUAGAAGCCUUCGGUUCUGAGGCCUGUUUUUUUUAUACUCAGCAGUUAAACGCGAAUUAUGUUAAGUUAAAACACGUAACUUGGGCCAAACCGGGUCAGAACCAGUCCAUGAAUUUUUGGGGUAUGAUCUGAACCGGACCGAAAACCGGAGAUCACACACCAAUUAGGAGGAAACAGAAUUGAGGAACCAACUAGCGGACUCGCAGCAAGCUGUGACAAGAUGACAUCAAGGAGGUGGUUUCAUCCAAACAUCACGGGUGUGGAGGCUGAGAACCUGCUUCUCACUCGAGGGGUGGACGGGAGCUUCCUGGCCCGGCCCAGCAAGAGUAACCCUGGGGACUUCACCCUGUCUGUCAGGCGAAAUGGAGCCGUCACGCACAUCAAGAUCCAGAACACAGGAGACUACUAUGACCUGUAUGGAGGGGAGAAGUUUGCCACGCUGGCUGAGCUUGUGCAGUAUUACAUGGAGCACCACGGGCAGCUGAAAGAGAAGAAUGGUGAUGUCAUUGAGCUGAAAUACCCACUGAACUGCGCUGACCCAACAUCGGAGAGGUGGUUCCAUGGACACUUGUCGGGACGGGAAGCAGAGAAGCUGCUGACAGAGAAGGGGAAGAACGGCAGUUUUCUGGUGCGUGAGAGUCAGAGCCACCCUGGAGACUUUGUGCUGUCGGUGCGGACCGGAGAUGACAAGGGGGAGAGCAGCGACGGCAAGCCCAGGGUCACUCACGUCAUGAUCCGCUGCCAGCCGGAUCUCAAGUUCGAUGUGGGAGGUGGAGAGAAGUUUGACUCUCUGACAGACCUGGUGGAACAUUACAAGAAGAAUCCCAUGGUGGAGACUCUGGGCACUGUACUGCAGCUCAAACAGCCUCUGAACACGACCCGGAUUAACGCUGCUGAGAUCGAGAGCAGAGUGCGGGAGCUGAGCAAACUGGCCGAGACCACCGACAAGGUCAAGCAGGGCUUCUGGGAGGAAUUUGAGACCCUCCAGCAGCAGGAGUGCAAGCUGCUCUACAGUCGCAAAGAAGGACAGCGAGCGGAGAAUAAAAACAAGAACCGCUACAAAAACAUCCUGCCAUUUGAUCAUACUCGAGUGAUGCUAAACGAUAAGGAAAUCAAUGAGCUGGGCUCGGACUACAUCAAUGCCAAUAUAAUAAUGCCUGAAGUUGAGGUGAAGUGCAACAACACAAAGCCGAAGAAGAGCUACAUCGCUACGCAGGGCUGCCUGCAGAACACCAUCAGCGACUUCUGGAGGAUGGUGUUCCAGGAGAACUCCCGAGUCAUCGUCAUGACAACCAAGGAAGUGGAGCGAGGGAAGAGUAAGUGUGUGAAGUACUGGCCGGACGUGACUGUGCUAAAGGAGUACGGAGCCAUGCGCGUACGCAACGCCAGAGAAACCUCGGCACACGACUACAUCCUGAGGGAGCUCAGAAUGUCAAAGGUUGGCCAGGGGCCCGAUGACGAGCGGACCGUGUGGCAGUACCACUUCCGAGCAUGGCCGGAUCACGGCGUGCCUGGUGACCCUGGCGGUGUGCUGGACUUCCUGGAGGAGGUCAACAUGAAGCAGGAGAGCAUCCUGGAGGCUGGACCCAUCGUGGUGCAUUGCAGCGCUGGCAUUGGACGAACGGGAACGUUUAUUGUGAUAGACAUGCUUAUCGACGUCAUCCGAGAAAAAGGGGUAGACUGUGACAUAGACGUGCCCAAAAGCAUCCAGAUGGUGCGAUCGCAGCGGUCAGGAAUGGUUCAGACCGAGGCUCAGUACAGGUUUAUUUACAUGGCCGUACAGCACUAUAUAGAAACACUACAGCGCAGGAUCGAAGAGGAACAGAAGAGUAAAAUAAAAGGAAGAGAAUAUACCAACAUUAAGUAUUCGUUGACUGACCUGUCGGGGGGUGACCAGAGCCCCCUGCCCCCCUGCACCCCCACCCCCGUCUAUGCAGAUGUGAGAGAUGAUAGUUCCAGAGUCUACGAGAACGUGGGUUUGAUGCAGCAGCAAAAAAGCUUCAGAUGAGGUCAACCCGACUUGAGUUUCAAGUUGAAUGAGAAGAUUAUUUUAGAUUGUUGUAAACCUGCUCCAGAAUGCCUGUGAAACGGUUAAGAGAAUGAAGACUGAAUACUCAUGGUGUAAACCCUUUCAUUGGCCUAUCUAGUUUGUUUUUACCCUGAUGUGAAAACCACUGUGUCCUACAUGGAGCCUGGUCCUUCAAAUCCACUGUGUCCUACAUGGAGCCCGGUCCUUCAAAUCCAUUGUGUCCUACUUGGAGCUCGAUCCUUCAAAUCCAUUGUGUCCUACAUGGAGCCCGAUCCUUCAAAUCCAUUGUGUCCUACAUGGAGCCCGAUCCUUCAAAUCCAUUGUGUCCUACAUGGAGCCCGAUCCUUCAAAUCCAUUGUGUCCUACAUGGAGCCCGAUCCUUCAAAUCCAUUGUGUCCUACAUGGAGCCCGAUUCUUCAAAUCCAUUGUGUCCUACAUGGAGCCUGAUCCUUCAAAUCCAUUGUGUCCUACAUGGAGCCGGAUCCUUCAAAUCCAUUGUGUCCUACAUGGAGCCCGAUCCUUCAAAUCCAUUGUGUCCUACAUGGAGCCCGAUCCUUCAAAUCCAUUGUGUCCUACAUGGAGCCCGAUCCUUCAAAUCCAUUAUGUCCUACAUGGACCUUGAUCCUUCAGAUCUAUUAUUAUUUAUUUUUUUUUUUUUUGUUGAAACAUUCUUCUGAAAUUUGCCAUUUGAACUUCAGCACUUGAAAGGGUUGGGACUGAAAUACUGUACACUUAUUCAAUUUAUAGCCAUUAUAUAUAUAUAUAUAUAUAUAUAUAUUUGAUUUAAUAAUUGCUCACUUAAACUAGCCAACCAGCAUCAUCUCUAUAAAAGCUGUUUUUGAAAGUAUUGACAUUUCUUGUACAAUACUGAAAAAUAAGUUUACCAAUUUAGGCAAGAACAGUUUUGAUGGACAGUGAAUUGUAUGCUUUUUUGUCUCUUACUUUUCCUUUUCUCUCUCUUUAAACCUUUGCAAUAAUUUUUUAAAACUAGACUGGAUGCUUUGUAUAAAAAGGGAUUGAGUCAGUAUUAGACUAAAGCAUCAGCAGUCUGUACGUGACUUCAUUGCACUAAACUCAGUGCUGGGAGAACCGUUGUUUGCGCUGUCCUGAUCUGCCUGAUUGUGAGUACUUUGGUUAUCAUAUAGAAGUCAGGAUUCUGAAAGGGGAUGUUUGUAUCGAACUCAUGCAUCCGUACCUGCCAGCUUUUUUUGUUAAAUUGUCGCAGAGCAGCUAGCAGUGUAGAGACUUGACCACAUAGUCAAAAUAAAUUGCCUGAUUAUUCUCUGACAGCAUUUUUAAGCCAUCGUUUAAGUUGGGAGCAUUCUUUUGACUAAGCUCACUUUGUAAAUGGGGAACUUGAUUUAGACAAAAUGCAUGUUUUUAAUUGGGAAAACAAUUGUCCAACCUUGGAAGAAUUAGGUCUGAAGAAUAAUUAUUGAACAAGUUCUAAGUAAAAGGGACCUAAUAUCUUCUGAUUUGUCUCUGAAUUGAAAGGCAGCGACUGAAGGAUUUGACUGUAUUUUACAUAUUGCUGUAUGGUGCAGUGUUUCAAGUUCAGUCUGGUUUCAGUUCAGUCGCUUUGUGUCAGUUCUGUUUCAUCUUCAAAACAGCCUGCUGCUUGCAAGUCUUUCUUUCAAAAAUUGGGUAUAGAUGUUCACCUUUACCAAGCCAGUGUUUCUACAGUACUACAGGCAUUUUUUAAAAAGGUUUGUAGCGCAAUGCUUGUUUUCAGGGACGUGCUAGCAGUAGCUAGAGCUUCUAGUUCCUCUUACCCAUAUUUAUCUGAAACUGUAAACGCUAGCAAAGGGCCGUAUGCUCUUGGAUUAUGCUUUAUUGAAUAAUUUUCAUGAUCCUGUAAUAGGUAAUACUUCUGUUAUCCUUGGGAGAUGCCUGAGCUCUUCACUGUUUUUAUUUAUUUUUAUGGCCAAUGAUCACUUGAAGUACUGGUAGUGGGUUUAUUAUAGUUGAAAAUGAUAAUGGGGUGUGGUAGAGACACUUGACUUCAGUGUUGAAGCUUUGUAAUGUCCUUUAAUAGCCUGCUAGUAAAGGGGUACUGCACAGUGCGGUUUGGUUUGUUUUUAAAGGAUUUUUGGUGCAAGACCAAAAGUUUGACAGAAAGAAUUAGAACAUGAGACAAAUUCUGCUUCAGUUAUUAAGCAAAUAAGUGGCUAUGCCAGGUGAAUUUGAGUGUGCCACACAUCAUGCGGAGCAGGGUUAAACAGUGAUGGAUAGUGCCACACAUCGUGCGGAGCAGGGUUAAACAGUGAUGGAUAGUGCCACACAUCGUGCGGAGCAGGGUUAAACAGUGAUGGAUAGUGCCACACAUCGUGCGGAGCAGGGUUAAACAGUGAUGGAUAGUGCCACACAUCGUGCGGAGCAGGGUUAAACAGUGAUGGAUAGUGCCACACAUCGUGCGGAGCAGGGUUAAACAGUGAUGGAUAGUGCCACACAUCGUGCGGAGCAGGGUUAAACAGUGAUGGAUAGUGCCACACAUCGUGCGGAGCAGGGUUAAACAGUGAUGGAUAGUGCCACACACCGUGUUGUAAACUUAAUCAGAAACACACUUGGUAUGUGUUGCUAAUUUCUUGUGCGUUGCCUGUUUACAGGCUAAAACUGUGGUCCUGAUGGGCAUUUCUUCCCACGAGCUUUACCCUUUAUUCCCUCUCCUCUCAGAUAAUUUCAUUGCUUUUGAGACGAAUGUCCCUAGCCAACGAAGUUACUGAUUUCACAAUUGUUCUAAAAAUGAUUAUCGGUCACUGCCCUGUUGACCACUAAGAUCAUUUAGAUUUUAUAUAUUAAUUUUUAGUAUUGAUGUUGCCUGACGGGAUAAUGGCAACAUUUCAAUAAAAAAUAAAAGAUUUCUAUCCAAUAUGAACUUCAACUUAUUCAUCAUUGGUGGCCAAAUGUGCUGCUAAUAUGUAAGGAGAAACGCACAUAGAAAUUCCUGUAUACUUUUUUCUGAGAAUAUAAAAUUAGUAAAUGACUGUGCCAUACAUUAUGGUUUUUUAACCCUUCAGAAGUAUAGUACAUUACUGUAUUACAUGUUACUAAUUAACCCCAAAGGUUUUUGCCUUUGCCCUGUUGCUACCAUACAGCAGGUAGCGAUAGGAUUUAGUCCAUUGAAACACAGAGUCCAUCACACUUUGCAGCAGUAAUGGCUAUUUCUGGGAGAAUGUUAAUUAUUUUAUAGUACAGGCAAUUGAAACAGUAGCACAGUUAAAGGAUAUUGCCCUGAAUGGUGAAAUCCUUCCAGCAAUGGUCCAUUAAAUGCAUGGUGGUGAUUUCAUCAGUAUAAUGUGGUAUUAAACAAACACAAAAAAAACCACUCUUUUUUUUUUUUUUUUUUUUGCAAGGAAAAUAUGCCUCAUUUUGCUCCACAGUGGUUGUGUAGGUCUUACGACACUGGUGUCGGCACAUUUCAGAAUAUCGCUUUCAUAACCUCUUUCUGCAGGACUGCAGCUUUCAAUUUGUUUGUGACAUGACGAUCGUGGAUAGGAUAUCCCCAGCAGUCAUCAAGUGAACAGGCUGCUUAUUACAGUCGACAUGUCAAUUCAUGGAUGUCAGUGCAGCACUAGUUUAAAGAAGCCCUGGCAGUGACUGCCUGUGCAUGUCAGUAAUGAUUGGGGGAUUCAGGAUAUACACGCUGGGAGGGUUUUCUCCACAGGUGAUCAUUUUAAUAGUUUCCAGCUAAUUCUACCCAAAAGGAACCCACAGACCUCCAGUCUUGUCAGAUUUUGUGACAGAAAGGCUUUGUGCUUUCUUGAAGGCAUGUGUAUGUCUGACCCAUCAAGGGAGAAGCAUUCUGCUUUUUUACACCUCCUCUGUUUAAUGCUUUUCUGAGACUCCGUUUUUGGCAUUAAUCUUCUUUUGGUGCUGGCUGUCAGUUUGUCGUUGGUUAUUUUAUUUAUUUUACAAUCCAAUAAUAUUGCCACUCAUUGUUCCUCUAUUGAUGAGUACACCAGUAACCAUUAGUGGAAUUGUUUAGAUAGCUAAUCUGUAUGUUUUGUGUUUAAGUAAUGUUUCAUGAAUAUUGGUGGUUAAUUUCACAUGUUAUCUUGUUAUUUGGGACAUGUGUUUAAAAAAACAAGGGAUCUUGUAGUUGCAGCACUCUCCUGGAAUUUGUGCAAAACUACCCCAUUUAGCAUUAACAUAACAUUCAGUGUCCCUAACUUUAGGAUGUCUGUUCAGCUGUAGUGUGACUAAUUUGAAAGAAUGUUACCAGCGAAGCUCUUAGGGUCACAGUUUAUAUUUUAAGGAAGGGAUCUAAUGGCUUUGCGAGAAAAAGCUACAAAAGGGAUUUUCUGUACAGAAUCUAUGCCUCAACGGACAUCACCCCUCGCGAUGUAAGAACAGAAUCCACAGCUGUGCAGUUCCCACCCUGAAAUUGACUUUUUAAAGCCACGCUGCCCAUAUUAAAGGGAUACUUCUUUAUUUUGUCUCCAUAUUUAGAAUUCUUACCUGUUCAGUAUCCUAAUACGUGUGUUCUAUAUAAUAUUCUUAUUGUUGUUUAUGCUUGGAUCAUAUGAUAGGAUAUUAAACAGGUAGGAAAUAACGUGUUAUUAUGGUGAAUAUAUUAACAAUAAAAUAAAGGUAACAUGCAGAUGUUUUUGGCUGAUUUUAAUCUUGGACUGCCUAAUGGUAUCUUAGGUAAGGUAGUCCAAGAUUAGAGCUGAUUGGACAUCUUUGAAACCAGCAGUAUCUGUUUAAGCAGGCAAUGUUGUAACUCUUACAGGUGUUGCAUACAUGGCUGAGAAUCUUGUUUUCCUCCAGCUGCCAAAUUGAGUUUCUCUGCAUUGUGUGUUUUCCACCACAGUGCAGUGCAAUCCCAGCUGUCACUCUUGUGGAGACAAUGACUUGGGGUCCUGUCCACCACAAGUCUGCGUCUCAUGGGGGAUUGACUGUUAGUAUUCCAUUGCUCCCACACAUUUAAAGAGGCAGUCCUUUUUUUGUUUCUUUCUUCAGCUUUAUUCAACCAGCACUUUCUUGUUAAAGAAGCCCUUCAGCCAGUAAUCGACACCUGACAUUAAAUGUGAAUUUUAAUCGCCCUGGAUAUCUUUAUAAAUAAAAAAUAUAAAAAAUGCAAUGUAAACUGACUCUAUUUUUAAAUUCUUAUAUCUUGUAUAUGAAUACCGUACUACAUAGAGGAGAGCAUACUUUAAAUAAUUCAACCGUAAUACCAAUAUUUAUGUAAAUAUAUAUAACCUGGUAAUUACUUUUUCACUAGGAUUUUUAAUCAUACAUUUUUGUUGGAAGUCCUUGGGUUAAAGUAAGCCAUAUAGAGCAGUAGCGAAUUAAGGUUUAUUUAUGUGUCUGCAAAGCGAAUUGUUGCUGAUCACCAUACACCAUCCUUUUUACCUAACUGAGAUAACAAAUGAAUUACAAUUGAGUUCUGUAUUGCCUUUUUGUCCUUCUACAUCAUGUAGUAUACUUACACUAGAUUAAAUAUGUCCUUGUUUUAAUGUACAGAAAUGUUAGUGAAUGUUCUUUUGUUUUCUAUAUUUAUACUGUUCUGUGGGUAUUCGCUCAAUUGCUUUGCUAGAUGUGCUGUGAUUCUUAUUGAUUAUUAUAAGAGUAAAAAAAAGAAAAUGUGUUUGUAAUGUAUCAACACUAAACAUAGGAAUAAAAAAAUCAUUUUAUACAAAA